AAACAUAAGUGUCAUUAAAAUACGUACCAGAGAAGUUUGAUGGGGAACUGUGAGAAAGUGCAGAAGUUAUGUUAAGUGUUCUCUUGCGUAUAGCAAUUUAGUAGAUGCUAAAAUUUCUUGAGAAACGAUAAAAUUGAAUGAAUAUUAUUCUGCAUUUUAUUAUCAUACAAUUACCAGAUACAUAGAGCAAAAAUUAGAUAGAAAUAAGAAUACAGUUACAACUUAUAAGUUACAUAGAUAAACUAAUAAAGUACCGGUAAAAUGUUUUAACUAAGUUUAAGCAAUUUUUGUUGUUAGAUUGUAACGUUAGAAUUUAAAAGCAGAAAGCUUAAUUCUUAAGUGACGCAAUAACCAUCAGGUAUGAAACUUUUAAGUUGAAAGUUGAAGAAAGCAAUUUAAUUUUAAUACUUCCAAACUAAAGACUUACGCUCUUACAGUAGACUAACAACAAAAUAAAUUAUGUUUUUACUGUUAGUUUUUCACAGAGUUCUACGCAGAAUGUAGGUAUAGCAGUCAAACAAGUUCACUAAGUUUGACAGUGCCGUGUAAUUGUAAAAAUUUACAACACAAGUUCUAUAUUGAAAUCACUUUUGAUAUAUACAUUCAGAAAUAAGUAUAGAUGUUCAGUAAGCUUAACAUUAUUACAAGUAACCUUAAUUUAGUAAUCAGUAAACAUUCUUAAUUACAAAAUAUUUACAUUUUCAAACCAUUAAUUUGUUUUAGCACUAGGCAACACUUGUGUGUAAUUUGCAUAAUGAGAAACUGAAAUAUAAAUGAAUAACCUAUAAUAAUUAUUAUGUUCAUAGAGUAAUUAUUAAUACAGCAUGAUAAAGAACAGAUCCAGACAUACUAUCAUCAGUCUGUACUUCAAGGAUCAUAGUGCUAAAACUGAGUUUGCCUGUUUUUAAUAUAUGCUUAACAUAUGUCCAUAAAGAUGAGUUCCUGUGAAAAUAAUUUGUUUCUUCAAAAGCAUUAACUUUUUAUCUAUUCAAUGAAUGCAAGCCAAUAACUGGUGAGAAUGUUUAACCACAGUGCAUAAUUUUUAGAAGUUUUGAUAAGAAACUUGUUCCAUUUUUGUCAGAUUAAAAUGAUUGGAUACAAGAAAAUUGUGAAUUCUGAGCUGGUUCAGUUGGCACUGGUUAUCAGCCUUCUCCGAUUAAAUCCUGAAUCUUAUUUAGACUUAAUGAUGGACACUGUAUCAGAAGUCCAUGAAGUUUUUCUUGGUCAAAGUUCGGCAUACACUCAGUCUCAUUUUCACAGUGCCAGCAACAGACUGCAUGGAUAUAUCAAUCCAAAAGCAUUGGAUAUCAACAAUAUUCAUACAGUUUCAACAUUAAUGGAACUGAAUGCACUUGGUAGAUAUUGUAGGUUCCGUGAAUUUCAGAAUAUUGUAAUUACGUACGUAGCAAAUACAGAAAACCUGGAACCUCACAAUAUGCUACAGCCAACUUCAUCAGAGAGUCCUAAUGUAUUUCAUGGUGAAAAUUUAGGGGAUUUCCAACCUGAAUCACAGGAUGGGAUUGAGAUACAAAGAAAUGGAUCCAUUAAUAUUGAUAAUGUGGAUCCAGUUCCUGAACAAUUUAACAACACGAGUUUGGAUACUGUCAGAAAUCAAGAUGCAUUACCAUCUACAGGUUCAGAGUUAACAGCUGAGGACAUGGAUCUGAUUGAAGUUCUUUGGAAACAAGACAUUGACCUUGGGAUAAGCCGUGAUGUCUUUGAUGGGAAAGCACCCUUGGAAAAUGACAAAGCUAUUAUACAGACUGAACUGUUAAAAAAACAGGAACUAGAAGAAGACAAAAAAGCAAUAAGUGAUGAGCCAUUGCCUUCUUCAUGUAAUCCUUGGGAAGGGAUUACUUAUAGUAUUGAUUCAGAGACUGGUGAACAUGUCAUUCUUAACUUGCAGUCUGGAAAUGAAAGUACUAAUCAGUUGAAUUUUGAAUCUGAGUCGCAUGUUUUGGGUGAGGAAUCUUUUCAACAGCUAACAGAUGAACUGAAUAGAAUUCCUAUAGAUGAAGCUUUCAGACUAUUUGACCAAGAGAUACUUAACCAGACUGAACCUUUUAGUAGUCAUGAGAUUGCAGGUACUUAUACAGAAGAAUUGCCUGAAAACCCAGAAGACUUGAUACAGGAGUUGAAACAAUUCAAUGAAUUACUUCAGAAUACGUCUGUAAAUAAUGAAAGUAAUCAAGAGUUGGUAGAAAUACCUCCAGGCAUAGAGGACUGUUGGGAGGAGCUUUCAUUUCCUGUGAUAUCUAUGAACGCUACAAAUCCCUUUCCAAUGCUGGCAUCAGAUGACACUCAGAGCUUUUAUGCAUCAAAUAAUUCAAAUAUGACUGGAAUGACUGUAGACACUCUGGAAAACCUGAACAAUCAUUACUCAGAGGUGCUACUACAGAAUGCUACUUUGGGUCUACCAGCUCCUGACCUAACAGAUCUUACCUAUCCUGCUGCUUCUGUUCGUGAUAUAUGUGGUGUUGGAUCGUCAGUAGAAACUUCCCUGGACACUUUCACUAAUGAUGCUGAACCUUUGAGUGAAGGAAUGAUAGAAUCAACAUAUGAUCAAAUAUUGUCAGAGUUCUCAUAUCCAGGAAAUUCUAGCAUGUUUACCAUAAACCAUGAUACAGAGCUAUUAUUAACAGAUUUGUUGGCAGAAGAUCUAAAGCUGAUAGAAAAGGCUGAUUCCACUGGAGCUGCUGUAUUUAACACACCAGUAAAUGUUAGGGAAGAGAAAUUUGAUGCUAACAGUGAUUCAGCUGUGUCAUCAAUGGGCUCUGACUGUGUACCAUCUGUGCCUGAUGGAGAAUGGAUAGAAUCGUCUUCAGAGGCAUCCUCGCACCAUGAUGAUAAGGAAAUUUCUAUCCAAAUGGAAUUAAACCACUCUUUGGUUCUUUCAUCAGAGAUGGACAAAAGAGUGCCUCUUACACAUUUUUCUGAAAUACAGUAUCCACCAGUAGCUCAGAAAAAAUAUAAAUUGUUUGGUCGUCAACCACAAAACUAUAAAAAUGAGGAUUGUGGAAGUGAUUUUGGAGACUUAGGCCAAAAAGAACAACCAUUCAAGAAUAUUCAGCAAUUAACAGGAAAUGGUCAUGCUGGCAGUGACACAAGUAGCCCACAUCCUUACACUUCAACAGAAGUAACACCAAACCAAGAACAUAAUGACAGUUGUUCUGGUAGUAGUUCUGUAAACUCAGUGAGAAGCAGCUACCCCAAAUCUUUCCACCACAACCAUACUUACCAUUUGCCACUGAAUGGAAGUGAUUGUUCCCAAAAACCUAUUAUGAGGGACAAGCUUAAGGCCCAACUUGAGGAGCAGGAUCAGAGAUCAAGAGAUGAAAAAAAUGUAAAAGCUAUGAAGUUACCCUUUUCUGUAACUGAAAUUAUCAACCUUCCCAUAGAUGAAUUUAAUGAAAAGAUUUCCAAGUAUAAUCUGACUGAACCACAGUUAUCAUUAAUUAAGGAUAUUCGUAGAAGGGGCAAAAAUAAAGUAGCUGCCCAGAACUGUCGGAAAAGAAAGAUGGACCAGGUCAUGGAUCUUGAAAAGGAACUGAAUGUGCUGCAGGAAGAAAAACUGGAACUGGAGACAGUACAUCAAAGAAUGUUGAAUUUUCACCAAUUAGCUCAGGACAAGUAUACCCAGUUGUAUAAGUACAUUUUGAAGGAAUCCUAUAGCCCACAGGAGCUUCCAGAUUUGGCAUCAUCUUCUAGUCAGGAACUUGGUUCAUUUUCCAUCCCUACAAAUAGCACAAAAGAAGGCGAAUCAUCUACAGAGAACAGUAAAGGAGCUCGAGCUAAGAGGAAGACUGAUAAGAAGUGACACUACAGAAUCUUGUUUGAUUGGAAAGUGAACUCCUGUAUCACAUCUAAAGUUGUUGGUUGUGACAAAUAACAUAUUCUUCAGAACAGUUUCUGUAAUUCAAAAUGUUAGAGUAUUUUGGCAUUCAAGAAGAACAUAUUUUUUUAGGGAAGGAAUAAACAUACUUGAAUGUUGGAUAUAGUAUAUAAUAUAUAUAGAAGUGGGAGAAUGAAAUAUUUUGAUUAAUAUACUAAUAUAUGGAAGAAAUUUUAUCUUUUGUCUUUAUUUGGGAAGUAGAUAAAAUCUCUUAAGGAAAGUGACUGUUCCACAAGAAGGGAAAGUGUGGUGUAUAUUUGAGCAAUUAAAUCAAGUGAAACAGUUUUAUUAAUAUUUCAGUUACCAUUUUAAGCAUCCCAUUGUGUGUGUGUGUAUAUAUAUAUAUAUAUAUGUCAAUUUAUCUAUUGGCUUAAUGUAUUUGAACUUCUUUUAAGUAAGACUUAUCACUAAAAUAAUUUCUACAUCUUUUGUUUUUGUGCUUUCCAACACCAACCAUACUUUUGUUACCUUAUAUUAUUUUUUUAUAACUGUCCAAAAUGAUUUAGUUUUUAUGUUUCUCUUUCCACCAGUAUUAUGGGGUUUGGUCUGAUUCCAUAAUCCCUGAAAAUCUAGGGUAGUCUACAAUUAAUAGUGAUAUUACCACCAGAUGUACCAGUGUUGUGGAGUUUUUUGGUCUGAUUGCACAAUCCUUGUAACACUAGGCUAGUCUACAAUUGAUACUGCUACUACCAUCAGAUGUGCCAGUGUCUGAGCAAAACUUAAGAAAAAGACCCUAAUUAUCAUGAUUAUGUCUUUGCCACAGGUAUUGAACUAAAACAAGAUGAAUAGAUUGUCUUCAUAGUUCCAUGAUUAGGAGCCUGCAAUUCAAAUAAAUGGUUUACUGUCAAAUGAUUAUAUCCUUUCUUUGAAAGACAAUCAUAAGCUUUUCAACAGUUUGAAUGUUUCAUCAUUACUGGUAAAAUCAUCCUUUAAUGAGGCCAUCCAAUGUGACAGAAUCACUUCUUUCUGCUGGAACAAAAAACAUACAUUAACCCUGGGGUAUUUCCAUUUUCCUAUUAUUGAUUCAUCUGUAUUAAUAAUUUUCUCAGGUCUACCUCCUUAUUUUCACCAUUUCUAAUAUAAAUGUUUGCAUAAUACAAAACUUACCAGUUUACUGCUGUUGUGGGGUUCAAACUCACGACAAACUUAUAAUUCUGAUACCCGUGUUUGACCAUCAGUCAUUUUGUAUAGUGUUUCUUUUCUAAAUUUUUCUGAUGUGUGCCUCUGUUUCUAACCUGUUUUACAUUGUUUUGUUAUAUGGUAUAAUUGUUUUUAACAAUAGUAUUUUACUUAUUCCUAGAAGUAGCAUAAUUAUGUUAUUGUCCACUAUUAUAACACAUUAAAGUUUUGUUAAUUCCAUGAUUUAUUCAACAUUGUAAAGCCUUAAAAAUCAGGGAUGAGCAUUGGCAAGUUUUGGCCAUUCAUCAUCUUGUUCAAAUUGGUGAGAAAAUUAAUGGAGAGAGAGAGAGAGGAUGCUGGAGCCAUAGACAAAUUGGGCUUAUUUUUCGCUAUCUUCCUUAAUUGUGUGUGCCUUUCACCCAUUUGUUUAAAAUUAGUUUGACAUUUUUCUUUCAUCUGACAUUACUUUUAUAUGUAAAGUCACGGAGAUGAAGCCUAAAUUUAAGAGAGAUAUACAUGAUCUUAUAAAAGCUGAGGAGAGAAGGUAUCUGAAAAAAUGUUUCAAAAUUGCUUUCAGUAAUUAAGAAACUUUUGUUGCACGUCAGAACAUUACAAACAUAUUAAAUUUCACAAAUUCAGAUAUUAUUUUUAGCCUAAUAAGCUAUGUUACACUAGGGAGGGGUGAAAUUGUGGGACUGAAGAAUUUCGUACACAUAAGAAAUUGGUCAAUGAACAUAAUAUUAUAUCUGCCUCUUAUAAGACCUGGUUUGUAAAUGAUUGGUCAGUAAUUUGCCCUAGUAAAAACUUCUGUACAGUUCACUAAUGUCUCAUGAAAUGACCACUUUUUAUAUUGGCUGGACACGAGUUAAAGCAGCAAAUGUUUGUUUAAUAAUCAUACUAGUAAUAAAUAGUGUAUUUAUUGUUCCAAAAUGGCCCAGAAUACACCAGAGAGCAUGUAGAACCCUUCUGUCUUCCAGGGGACUAGACAUCUCCUGGCCCUCAGCAUUUAUAGGUUGGAACCCAGUAUGAACCAAAAGUUUCAUAUGCUGUUUUCAUCACUGAUUAAUAAAACCUUAAAACAUUACAAAUGUGUAUACUUUUCAACAAAAAAAUACCCAGUUACAACAUUACAUUUGUGUAUUUACUAUGCUAAUGAUUAGUCUGUAUUCUAUAUUUUUCAGUAGCAUAAAACAGUGUUGUCAAAACCAAAAGAACUUGAUAUUUUAUAAAUAGUUUGUAAAAUUUAGCAUUAUAUAAUUUUUUUUGUAAUUACAAACAGUACAAAUUACACUUCUGCAUAACAUACCACAAAACUACUUGUCCUUUUUGUAUAUAAUUUAUCUUUCAUCUUCUUUGCAUUUCUUCAUGUGGUGGUUAAGGCACUGGAUUUUGUGCAGAUUUUGUAUUAAAGUUUCAAAAGCUAAUUAAUGUUUAUGAUUGUAUAAAAUUGUAUUUAAUUCAUAAUGUACAUUCUUUACAAGGUCAACAGAUGAUAGCAGUGAAUGACAACAGGAACAGCUAUAGGUGUCAAUAGGCCUAGUUAAACUCACAAUGCAAACUUGUUACUUUCUACUGGCUAUCCCCCAAAAUUGCACAAUCCUUUGAACCACUCCCUAAGAGAUACUUCUAACUAUUUAUAACAAUUAGCCUGAGGUGGGACAGGGAUUGUGGAGUAGCUUUUGAUUAUUUCUUUAGUGGAUAAAGCACAUCUGAUGAGUUGUGUGAAGUUAAAUAAUGAUAUUUCCAGUGAUGGCUUGUUUUUAAGAGAAAAUAUGUAAUGCUACUGAUAUAACUGGGAUGAACUGUUAUUAUUAAUGUACAUCUACAAUUAAAAUCAUCAUUCAGAUGCUAUUUCUAAUGAAUUCAGUCUUGUACUUUUUUUUCAAGUUCUAUUUCUUCAAUUACCGUUAGAGGACUAUAGGAUGAGGUUAUUUAUGUACUUAUUACAGUUUAAUAAUCUUCUAUAACUUCUGAAAGUGUAUUGUCUGAAGAAAAUGAGACAUAGAAAUAUUUGAUAUAAUAUGUAUGACUGUUGAUUUUAUUGAUUUCUUUGAAAGAGAAAAACUAAUAUUUACGUACACAAACCUCUGUUAACUAAGCUAGAAGUGGUGUAAUUAUCAAACUUCCAGAUAAUGAUAUUGGAAAAGUGUUGGUAGCUGUUUCAUAUACCUAGGAAUAUUUACCACACAUCAUUAGUGUAUUCAAGAGGGAUUAUUCUAUUGGGAAAUGAAGUAUUUUGUGUUGUACAUUUAUUUGUUUUUAAACACGUUUGAGUGUAGGUGUGAUAUUAGUAACCUCCAUCUGGUUCCCCUAUCAAAUAUCUUAAUUUUUUUAGCUGUAAUUCUGUAUUAUAUGAAAGUAACUAUGGGAUUGUUAAUUUAAUGAUCCUGUAAUUAGACUAUGAUGUAACUUGUAAGAUCAAAGCAAACUGUGCUAAUUUUGCUAACAAUGAUAAAUUUUACAAGUUGGGCGUAUCAUAGCAUCAUUAGUUGCAUUAUGUCUUGUAAUUUUACUCUGAGACAUAAUUUCAAAUAAAAGAAAACCAGUUGCUUUG